AAAAAAAAAAACAUGAGCUCUUGUUGAAAAUUUAAAAAGUUGUUCAUAUAUCGUUUAUUUACUAAAUAUUUUUCAAUAAUUAUACUAUAUUGUAAAAUUGAAAUUCCAAAACAUUAUAUUUGGCAGUAUUUAAAGUUGAUAAAAAUUGUUAUAAUAUGAAACAAUUUUCUAAAAAUCCUAAUAAAGCAGAUGAUUCUGAUUAUACUGAUGAUGAAUUAGGAAUUGACGAAGUUGAAGACAUAAUAUUGCCAAAUAACGGAAAUGACUUGUCUCAUUCUGAAUCGUCAGAUAUUGGCAUAUCAGAAAGUGAGGAUGAAUCUGAUUAUAUUCCAGAUUCAGACUCAGAUUCUGAGAAUAGUACAACUAAUAUUCAAGAACCCACCACAAGUAGAGCAGGAACAAGUAGAGAAACAAAUACUAGCAAGAAAAAUGGCGAUGAUGAUGAUGAUGAUGAUGAUGACGAUGAUGACGACAAUGACGAAACGAUAAAAGCUAUUAAGAAUGCGAUUAAAAAACCUAGAACACAUCCACCAGAAAUUAAAACACCAGAUUUUGUAGUGGACUUAAGCUUUCAUCCUAGUGAAGAUAUAUUAGCCUUAGGAACUAUAGUUGGAGAUAUUUUGUUAUAUAAAUAUUCAAAUGAUGGAAACGAUUUAAUUAAAUCUUUAGAAGUUCAUAUGAAACCAUGCCGGUCCGUUGAAUUCGAUGACGACGGAGAAACUAUAUUAUCUGCAUCUAAAGAUAAGUCUAUUAUGUUGACCGAUGUGGAAACUGGAAAAUUGAAACAAUUUUAUGAUAAGGCUCACAAUGAACCAAUUUAUAAAUUGUAUGUUAUUGAUGAAAAUCUGUUUUCAACUGGUGAUGAAGCUGGGACAUUAAAACUUUGGGAUCGCAGGCAAAAGGAACCUAUUUUCAGCUUGAAGGAAGUAGAGGACUAUAUAUCAUCAAUAUUAACAAAUGAUGCGAAAAAACUGCUAUUAUUUACUAGUGGUGAUGGUUAUUUGACAGCGAUAAAUAUUGCAGCUAGGAAACUUUUUGUGCAAUCGGAGCCUUACGAUGAAGAAUUAAAUUGUAUGGGGCUAUAUAGAAAUGAUUCAAAAGUUAUAGUUGGUUCAUCAAAAGGUAAAAUUUAUUCGUUUAAUUGGGGACAAUUCGGUUAUCAUUCGGAUAUGUAUCCUGGUGUUAAAGCACCAAUUGAAUGCAUGAUUCCAAUAACAGAUAGAAUAGCAUGCGUUUCUGGUGAAGAAGGAAUACUAAGAGCAACACAUAUAACACCAUUUAAAAACUUAGGUGUUGUCGGACAACAUAAAUUAGCUGUUGAAUCCAUGGAUAUUAAUCACUCUGGGGAAUUUAUUGCAUCAUGUUCACACAAUGAAGAUGUGUUUUUUUGGAAUAUUAAGUACUUUGAAGAUUUUCAUGACAUAAAAUUUAAUGUUAAACACAAUGAAUAUAAAGAUCGGAAACAUAAUUUGCCAUCAUCAAAAGUUUCAAAUGCCUCGGAUUUUUUUGCUGAUUUAGCUAACUAACUUGUAAUAAUUGUUUUAUUACAAAUACAUAUUAUAAUUUGUAUGAUUUUCUAUUAAUAAAUUAAAAAGAAGUAAUAAUUAUUUCA